AUGGGAAACUGCUGCAGUACGUCUUCAGACCCCUCCCCCUUCGACCAACCCGGCCGCACUCUCUCCUCCGCGCCUCCCAAACCCGCCCCCUCAAAAUCUACACUCCCUCCCUCCGUCUCCGCCUCUGCCUCAACCGUCCCUCGUACUUACACCGUCGGUGGUCCCGCACGAACUCUCGGCUCUGGAUCACCGGGCACACAAGAAGAUGCCAGGAGGAAAGCUGCAGAAGCGGCAGAGGCACGUCUCUCAUCCAAGAAACCCAAAGGCGCACUGGGAAAGAAACUCCAAGAAGAACAAUCCCAAACCCUCGAGACAACACGUAAAAACGCAAGCACAGCAGAAAGACAAGCCAGGGAUGCAGAUGCCGCUGCCGAAGCUAGAGCUUUCAACUAA